AUGUCAUUUACCAUCUCGAUGAUAAUAGAGAUUUCCUAUAAACAACCAAUAAUUAACAUUAUAGUAAAUUAUAUUCACUGGAGUUUUGUGAGCGACGUACUGAAAUAUUUGGACAAUGCAACCAGACAGUUGUAUUCAGAUACAGUCAACGCUGGAUUGGGAAUAAAGCAAGAGACGAAAAGAUGGGAAGAUUGUUUGGGAAAUAUGCCUCUUAGUGAUGGUCUCUCCUACGAAUUUGUCAGAGCCUAUUUUCCAAACAUGACAAAGGAGACUGUGAGUAAUUAUUUUUAUAACAUUAAAUAG